UAGACCUCACUGUAUUUUUAAGACUUCAAAAAUAGCGGCAAUUUCGCAAUAAAUUUUGUCAAAUCGCGUUUAAAAUCCUUUAUAUUCGACAUGUCCACUGCCCAGGCAACCAAGAACUGCAUAACUCUCAAGGGUUCCGCUCAGAUAAUUGUGGAAUAUCUGAAGUACGGAAUCAAUUCUAUACUGUUCCAACGCGGAAUUUACCCUGCCGAAGACUUUGACAACACCCAGCAAUACGGACUCACCAUCCUGAUGUCCAAGGAUCCCAAGAUCCAGACUUUUCUGCAGAACGUACUCAGCCAAACGGAAGAAUGGCUCUCGAAGAACAUGAUCAACAAGAUCUCCAUGGUCAUCACCAAUGCCCACACCAAGGAGGUCCUCGAGUGCUGGGACUUCAAGAUGCAGGCCGAGUUGGGAGACGGCGACACGAGUGAUGCCACCAAACUCACGUCUUCGAAGGAACUAAGUCGCAUUCAGAACGAGAUUCGCGACGUGAUGCGCCAGAUUUCGGCCACCGUCAGCUAUCUUCCACUGCUCGACUGCAUCUGCACUUUCGACGUCAUGAUCCACACGCUCCAAAACACCGAACUCCCGGCCAAAUGGGACGAAACCGGUGCCAUUAUCAUCCAGAACUCCCAGGCCGUCCAGCUGCGCUCCUUCUCCACCGGACUCCACAAGGUGGACACCGUGGUCAACUACAAGAUGAGCUCCUAGCCGCCAGUCAAUCGUUUUAAAUAUUUAUUUCUUUUCUAUAUAUUUACAAUAGUGCGUAACGAACGUAACGUAUUUGAGAGUUGCAUUAAAAGCCAGUUGUGAAAAGCUAACA